UUCACAAGUAAGACCCACAAUUCACAAAGAUAAGAGUUCUCUCAAUACGCGGAAAGAUGGAGUGAAGGAACACAUACCUCAAAAGCGCAAAAACAAACCAAAGAAGCGAAUCAUACAUUUUUACUUCUCUCCUACAAAUUAAACACAGUAUGGUGUCUCAAAAGCUGGAGUUUUGCAUCGUGUUAGUGAAGAUGGCAGUCGUUUUUGUCGCCACCGUGGCUGAAUCAUUAGAAGAAGCUUUCUGUAAGCCUCCUCAGCCUGCGGUUCCGGUAGUUCACGACGGUCGCCGUAACAGUUACGCCAACGUUCCCAUUCCUCUUGUUGGAUUCAUGGGAUGAGUUUUUUUUUUUUUUUUUUGGUUUUGACCUCGUUAAAGUUAGUAGCUCUCGUGCCAUGUGGCGUUUUGGAAGUUGCUGAUUUGUGUAUAAGUUUAAUUAAAAGAAUCAUUCAGAGUUAAAA